CCCAAUCGUCCUGGUCGCCAUCUUGCUGUCUGGCUUCCGCCUGUGAUAACCUCGAAGUUUCAACCUUUAUAUCUCACGAAAAACAACGCUAUUUUCAAUAAGAACACGGAGUUAUAAGCCGACAGAAUUCUUCAACCACUAUGUCUAUUCAGGGCAGGCUUCCUGCUUGUGUUAUCGACAAUGGAACUGGGUAUACAAAAAUGGGUUAUGCUGGUAACACUGAACCACAGUUUAUUAUGCCAUCAGCCAUAGCCAUAAAGGAAACUGCCAAAAUUGGUGACAAAAGUCAACGAAGAACAACAAAGGGUGUUGAAGAUCUUGAUUUUUAUAUUGGAGAUGAAGCAAUUGAAAAGCCACAAUACAGCACAAAGUGGCCAAUUCGUCAUGGCAUCGUGGAAGAUUGGGAUCUGAUGGAGAGAUUUUGGGAACAGUGUAUAUUCAAGUAUCUUCGUGCUGAACCAGAAGACCAUUAUUUCUUACUGACUGAGCCACCUUUAAAUACUCCAGAAAACAGAGAAUACACUGCUGAAAUCAUGUUUGAAUCUUUCAAUGUCCCUGGUUUAUACAUUGCAGUACAAGCUGUGCUUGCUUUGGCCGCAUCCUGGACUUCCCGUCAAGUUGGUGAAAGAACUCUGACUGGUACCGUCAUUGACUCUGGUGAUGGUGUCACCCAUGUGAUACCAGUGGCUGAAGGCUAUGUCAUUGGCAGCUGUAUCAAGCAUAUUCCCAUUGCUGGACGAGACAUCACAUACUUUGUACAACAGAUCUUGAGGGAGCGAGAGAUUGGAAUCCCACCAGAACAGUCUCUGGAUACAGCUAAGACUAUAAAGGAACGCUGGGGAUACAUCUGUCCUGAUGUCGCCAAGGAAUUUGCCAAAUACGACGCAGACCCCGACAAGUGGAUGAAGAAAUUUGAGGGAAUGAACUCUGUCAAUAAACAGAAAUUCUCCGUUGAUGUUGGUUAUGAAAGAUUCUUAGGACCGGAAAUCUUUUUCCAUCCAGAGUUCUCCAAUCCUGAUUUCACAACACCAAUCUCAGAAAUCGUGGACACCGUUAUCCAAAACUGUCCAAUCGAUGUCAGAAGACCAUUGUAUAAGAAUAUCGUGUUGUCUGGUGGUUCUACAAUGUUCCGAGAUUUUGGCCGUCGUCUCCAGCGCGAUGUGAAGAGAGUUGUUGAUUCUCGUCUCAAGUUGAGCGAGCAACUGAGUGGUGGACGUAUAAAGCCCAAACCAGUGGAUGUCCAAGUUAUUACUCAUCACAUGCAACGAUAUGCAGUUUGGUUUGGUGGUAGUAUGCUUGCUUCGACUCCUGAAUUCUAUUCUGUAUGUCACACGAAAGCCCAAUACGACGAAAUCGGGCCAAGUAUUUGCCGUCAUAACCCCGUAUUUGGCGUCAUGAGUUAGAGCCAGAAUGUUGUAAAUGCCAGUUAAUAUGAAUUCAACUUAGAUACACAUUGCUAUAUGAUAAAAUCCACCGCAAAAUAUUAAUGUCAGACAGUUGUUCGUGCCACGUGAUUAAAAUUUGGUAAUUAAAGACUAUCUGGCCUGUACAGUACCACACAGAAGCAACCUACUUUAUGGUUGUAACGUGUUCACCAAAAACGCGGUUACUUUUAGGUGGUGCUGUACAGUAUUACUGUUGAAAAAUUGGCAGUUUCAAAAUAGUGUUUGUUCGUGUUUUUAAGGUCGUUUUUUUUAGAAUUCAUUUUAAAUUGAUAGCAGAACAGAAUUCGAAAUUUGCACUAGCUGUUGACUGUUGUUUCAAGACGGCUAAUGCAGCUUAGAACGAUUUAAUUUCAGUGAUCAGCACUAUUUAUCAUUAUAACAACUGCCAAUCUUUCAACUGUAAAUGUAAUGUACGACACAGUACGAUUAAAAGUGUUUUGUAAUUGUUAUGAAGAUAUUUUUGAAGUAAAGCCAUUUAUUACUUAAUCUAUGUCUAGAAUCCACAAAUCUAAUCCUUAAUCUAAUAAUCCUUUAUUGUUAGUGUUAGUGUAAGGCUAGGUUUACAAUUAAGAUUUUGAUCAAUUCA